AUGGGCCCAGACGCUAAGAAAAGGAAGAAUCAGAAGAAGAAGCUUAAGCUAAAGCAGAAAAGGCUACAUGCUUCUAAUGGCUCGGCAGAUGAAUCUGCGAUUGUACCGCAGACCACAGAUGUUCAUUUAGAGUCUUCUGCCGAGGCAAUUGGCUCUGUAAGGUCGGUUAAUGCACAAGUAUCGCCGCAGUCAGAGGCUUCACAAGCAGAUACACCGCAAUUGGUUCAUACUGAAGCCAUUCCAGACGCUGUACCAGAGCACAACGAUUUAUCUGACUUGUUCCAACAAGAAAAUAAUGACACUAUUGCAAAUGAGGCUGCAGUGUUCGAUUCCAUUGUUAAGGAACAAGCUCCAGAUGUACCGGUUGUCGCUGCAGCAUUUACCAAUGAUGCUAACGUUGGGAAUGUCGGUACUCUUAAUAAUGCGCAGCACGUUUCAAAUGAGAUUACUGCUUCUGAAAAAGCGCCCGACUCAGUUAUAGGAAGUAUGCCAGUUGAAGCUCAACCUUCUGUGAUUAAUGAUCCCGUUGAAGAAUUAUUUGGCAAUGACGACACGGUACAAACGGAGGGACUGCCUUGGCAAGAUCAGAUAAUAGCCGAAGAAUUGCCCAGUAUUUCUGCAGAGGUCGGUCGGGAACUGCCACAACAGGAAAGUAUUAAUGAUUACGAUCAGCAAGAACAAUUCCCUCCUUUACUUCACGAUGAAAAGAAUACAGUACAAUUGGAUCAGUCCGAGAGAGAAGUAGCUACUAUUGAAAACUUUAAUGAGCCAUUAUCCCAGGUGAAUGACGGCAGAAAAGCACCGAACAUGGUGACACUUGAUGCUCUUCUAGACGAUGAUAAUGACUAUUUAACUUCCGAUAACGACACACAGGGUAUGGAACAUGAAGCUACACCGACGGAGCUUGUUUCAGGAGAGAAUUCUUCUCCAGUACAACCUGUUAAUGAUGCCAUUGAGAAAGCAACGGGUGAUGAAGAUACUGAUCUUUUCAAUAGCGAAGGUGAUGACGGAGCAAAAGAAGGGCUUUCUUGGCUGAAUGAUCAAAGCAAUACACAAGAAAUACCUUCUCCUUCUGAAGAAGCGACGAAAUUCUCAUUUUUGGAGAAUGAUGAUGAUUUAUUGGACGAUGACGAGAGCUUAUUAGAUUCUGAUGAAGAAGUAAUUGUACCACAGCCUCAAACCGCGCAGGCCCCAAAGAAGAGCUACCUACCUUCAGCAUCAUCGCCAGUGCCACAGUCAGUGAAACAUUCGUAUCAUCCCCAAUCCAAUCCUUAUUCACCUCAGGCAUCUUCAUUCUCCAACAGCGUUUCUGGUCAACCACCUAGUUUCCCACAAAAUCCCUCCUCAUACACUUACCCAGUUGCUUCCACUGUCCCAGCUUCAGUGGCCCCUGGUAUCGUGAAACCGAAGUUAAUCAAUAAUUCCAACUCUUCACAGUCUUCUGUGUCAGAUGUGAAUGAAUUGCAUAAAAAGCUUGAUGAGGCGAAGCAUAGAACCGAUGCUUAUGAUUUCCCUCUAGACUUAGUUAAACAGGAGAUAAAAAGAGGGAAACCGAUGCACAUUACGAGCCCUCUCCCAUCAAUAAGGCAGCCUUCUUUUUCCAGUGUAGCAUCCGAAAAGCCUUUGAUUCAACCCCCUGUAAGACCGCAGCCAAAUAACACAAAAGCCCCACAAAAGCCCUUUUACGCCGAAUUACCUAUUCCUGAAUUGAAACCCACAAGAGCGGCACCUAUUAGAAUUGCUUCGCAAAACAGUUUUAGCGGGAGCUCUGCUUUGCCUUCACAACCAAUUGCUGCUCAAUCCAGGAGAACAAGCAUUGACCCACCAGUCAAUCCGUACGCACCGAAGAAGAAUGUGGCAGUAGUCAAUCCAACAAUUGCUCCAAAUUCUGUUGCAUAUGGCAUUAAUAAUGUUCCCUCCAAAGGCCAAAACCUACAGGCCAACAUCCUCUCUGCACCUCCUAGGAAUACAAUAGUUUCACCUGUGGGUACCAUUGCCCACAAUCCAUACACUCCAUCUCUAAAGUCUACGGCGUCCAGUUCUAUCAAAGAAACACCGUACCAGCCGGCUCAACCAAGGAGAAAUAGAGUACUCACAAAUGCGUCCGCAGAUAGUGCUGGUUCGUUCAACCCUGGGCAUAUUCCACCUAUACCAGGUGUUCCUUCUACGGAAUCCAAUAUCUAUAGUUUCCCACCGCAGCAUUUGAGUACUGCUGCUCCAACGGCAACAGAUCAUUUACAAACAACAUUUGAUAGCCAUAACGUUCCUCCAGUACUCUCGCCUACUUUGUCAACGACAGCAAAUAACAAAAAAACUCAUGCCCGCUCAAACUCCAGCAUAUAUGCUCCGGCACACCAUGCUCAUAGUAGUAAGUAUGCACCAACUGUUCAUCCACAGUUCCAGCAGCAACAACAACAGCAACACCAACAGCAACACCAACAGCAACAACAACUACAACAACUACAACUACUACAGCAGCAACAGCAGCAACAGCAGCAACAGCAGCAAUUGAAUGGUAUUCCUGUUGGUUUUCCUCGAAGCCAAGUGGACUCAAACUACGGCUAUGCAUCCCAGCAAAAUACAAACCAACCUAUCGCGUCUACUUUUCCGAUAAUGGAUCAAUCGAGGAAUCCAUCGAUUCAAGCGAAUGGCUCUUAUAUUGUAAGCCGUCAGUUUCCAAUUUUCCAUUGGGGAAAAUCAGCAAAGGUAGUGGUAGGAAUACCGAAUACACAAGAUUACAUAUCGGCGGUGGAGCCCAAACUAGAUUCAAUUAAUGUUAUUUCGAACGACUCCAUUUUGACUCUUGACAAGACUCUUGAACAGUUUCCGGGUCCGCUAAUCAAGGGAAAAUCAAAAUCCAAAGAUAUUGCUAAGUGGCUAGAUACUUAUAUUGAAGAGAAGAAACUAAAGGGUGCGAAUGAUACCUGUAUUUUGCUUGAGCUCUUAAAACUGCGUUUGGAUCCAUCCUACAGUUUAAAAGCUGUGACAAAUAUAAUUUACGAUUCCAGUAUAUUGCUUCCUUAUUUGUCUCAGCCGUUCAUUCCAAAGGUUGCUGCCCCGAAUGCUCACAAACUCGAUGCCAAUUCUUUGAUUAGAGUUUUAACGUUAUUGCAAACAGGCGCACAUGACGAUGCUUUAAAUCUUUCUCUAGCUUUAAAAGAUUAUGCUAUGGCAUUACUAUUGGGUAGUAUCCUAGGAAAGGAAAAAUGGUCGUCAGUUGUGGACCAGUAUUUGACACAAGAAUUUGAGCAAAGCAACGAACGAGACAUCUCUUCUAUUAAUUUAUUGGCUACAAUUUUCCAGGUUUUCAUUGGCAAUUCUAAAAAGGUGAUAGAUUCUUUUAAACAAGAUCCCACGAAACUAGAGUGGUCUCUAAAUAACUGGAAGUUAUUGAUUGCAUGUAUUCUAAACAAUUGUGAGGAGGUGCCUGCGAAUGGAAAACUUUCCCCUAUUGUGGUGGAAUUUUUGCUUCAAUUCGGAGAGCUUUUGGUCAGCAGAGGUCUUGUCAUUGCUGGUUCCAUCGCUUUUAUCGUUGCCGAUAUUCCAAUGUCCGAAGAGCCUUUGAUUCCGUUUUCUUCUACAACAUUCGAAUACAUUUGCUGCCCAAACUCAUUUGAAAGUUUGAUCUUAUCGGAAAUAUACGAAUUUACGUACGGUCAGAAAGAUCCAUCAUUCUCCGGAUUCACGUCAUUGAUACCGCAGAAGAUAAUUCAUGCAGCUGGUUUAAGUGACUACGGUUUGAACAGUUCGUCAACAAAAUACAUGGAUAUGGCCCAAAGUAUGCUAAAAUCACUUCCUAAGAACUCAGAGACUACCUUGAAAACAUUACGCUAUAUUGAAGAUUUGAGUAAUCAACUAUCGUCUAGUAAUGUAGGCUGGUUAGGGAAGCCAAAAUUAAGCAGCGUAUGGGGACAGCUUGACAAAUCCUUCAACAAGUUUAUCGGAGGUGACACAGACAUUGAUGAGUCAGAAACAGCAGCAAUUGAAGACAAGGUCUUUGAGAAGUUUACACCAACUUCUUCGAGAAACCCAUCCAUGGCAGAUUUAUCACAAGCAGCAUCCUAUUUGACUCCUGCGUUGAAUCGCUCACAUAUCAAUCAGCUACAGUCCAAUAACAGCUCGCUCAUUAAAUCAACUACGAAAAUCCUACCGGCCUCAUCAUUACCUAGUAGAGAAACUCAUUCUAAAUACGGUCCACCACCACUACGUGAUAUGAAACCUCAGUCUAAAAUUGGGGAGCUCUAUGGCAGCCAUUCUAAUAUAGAACCUUUGAACUCCACUGCAUCUGCUCGUAACACUGUACAUCCAUCACACUUUGAAGAGCCUGAUAACUAUGUUAAUCCCUCUGGUGCAACCUCUCUCGGACAAAAAGAACUGCCAAAUUCCAACUCUACACCUGAACCUGUACUGCCACCUUUAGCUCAAGUAUACCCUGGAUAUCAAAUCCAUCACGAUUUAUCAGAUGGCAAUUCUUCAGUCUCUUCUGGCCACAGACUCUAUAGUAAGAUGGGUGUGCCAAACCAAAAUACUGCUUCAUUCUGCGUUCCUUCCCCAAUAGUCUCUCCACAAUCAACGAAGCAUCAAUCAUCUACUUCCAAUAAGGCACUACCGUUAGAAAAUCUAUUCGAUGAUACAGUCACCUCGGGUUUAACCACUGAAUCUACCCAAACUGGGAGUAAUGCGCCACCUCGUUUCCAUGAAAAUGAACAACAUUCGGUAGUUGAUGACAUUGUGGAAGAGAUUGGGAAUGAAAUUGAUGCAGAAUUAGAUGAAUUACAGCACUCAGAGUUUUCAGACGAUAACAAUUUCGAGAGUACCGAACAAAAUUCGAUCUCUGGCGUUGAAGGGUCUGUUUCUCAGUUAAACGUCACCAAUCAGUUACCUGUUGCAGAAAACUUGCAAGAAGAGGACAAAAAUCAAGUAACCGAUAUUAAUGUUCCCGUCACGCAAGCUCAACCGCUCAACUCUUUUUCCCCGGCCUCUUCUAUUUCUUCUAAACCUUCUUCUUUGAAAAAUAUGAGUGUAGACAAAGCAGAACCUGCGAACCCUUACGCACCUAAGAAUAGCUUCGGUGUUGCUCCACGCACUGCAAGAAAAUCAUACAAUCCGUAUUCACCUUCUUCUAUUACGGAAAGUCAUUCUAUGGCAUCCCUGCCUCAAACCUCAACUUCGCCUUAUAACAAUGAUAAUAAUAGUGCUCCAGUUAAUGAGACAGGUGGCCCAGAAGAUCUUGCGAUGUAUGCGUAUGGAAGCUAUAAACUGUCCGGUGAAGAUGCCAAACCGCAAACUAUUGAUUCUCCAAACGGACAGAAACAAGAAAUUGAAAACAAAACGUCCUCACCACCUCUAAAUUCUUUUGUUCCUUCUAAUAUUGGUCUCGGAGAAAAUUUGAUUUCUGUUAAAUCUAUUGGAUUACCGGCACACUUGCAGAACGAUUCACAAACAUUGCCUUCUUCAAAAAUCAAAGAUCCUGUAAUCAGACCGGUUCAAACCUCAAAUUUCGUACCAUUCAUUGUCAGUGAUACUAAUACCGAAGAGUACUAUGAUGACUUGGUCGAAGACACAGAAGACGAAGAUGAAGACGAACCUAUUUCAGUAAAAAGGGAAAUAUCCGAAAGAAACUCGGAAAAUCAAAACCAGAAAGUGAAAAAUGAUGAAGAUGAAGAUGAAGUUAAAACUGUGAGCGAGGAUGAAGCCGGGAAACCUGAUAAGAAGCAGAAGAACGAAUCAUCAGGAGGUUGGUUAGGCUGGUUUAAGAAGGAUUCUAACGAGAAAAAACCUAUUAAGGCCAAACUAGGACACGCGAAUAACUUUUACUAUGACGAAAACCUGAAAAGAUGGGUUAAUAAGGAUGCUACUGAGGAAGAGAAAUUGAAAGUGGCGACUCCACCUCCACCACCUCCUGUCGUAAAGCGUAAGAUGUCAAAAACGCCUGAAAUAAAACCCCGUCAAGGUUCAGUUGUGGGAGGUCCAGCGUUACGGACUGCACACGCAGUUAUGCCCACCAAUCCUUUGACCGGCAAACCGCUUGAUCCUGUGAAAGACUUCUCCGAUGAUGCAGAGACAAAGUCGGAAUCACCCGUAUCUUCGAAACCACCUGUUUCGAAUACUAAUGUCAACUUAUCUGGGUCAAAAGCAAACGGUCUAGAUGAUUUAAUGGCAUUGACUGGAGGCGUUAGCAGCGCAUCGUCGACGAGAAGGAAAAAGAAAUCGACUAGAGGUUACGUUAAUGUUAUGGAAAAUUUAUAA